AAUCACCAAAACGCUUAAAGAAAGAAAGAAAUAAGCAAAGACUCGAAGAUGGCGUUGCUUUUUACGGCGACACCGGCAAUCAAGAGAGCUGUUGCAUCAAUCAAUGCCCUGGAACCAUCCAAAUUUCCAUUACUGUUGACCAGAAUCACACAAAAGCUCCAUUUGAAGGAUGACAGAACAUUCAGCGAGGAAGAGGAGACAAAGUUACAGGAUGCCCUCGCACUCACAGCUGGUGACCUUGAACUUGUCCUCCAGACUCUGGAAUUUUUCUUGCAACAGGCCGCCUACCAUGCUGCCAAGCCAGCAGUAUUUACACAACAACUACAGCAGCUGGACAUGGACGAAGACAAGGUGAAGACAGUUGUGGAGGCUUGGACUAGCAGUGGGAGGGAGGUAGUCCAGAGACUAAGGCAGCGAACUCUCAACCCCAAACAACUGGAAGAUAUAAACUGGCGCCUCAGCCUCCAGAUGGCCCAGGCUACACAAGUCAAGAUGAAGAUGCCUAAUGCUAUGUUUGAACUAGCUGUCAAAAAUGAAAAUACUGAUACACGAGAGAAGAUAAGGAUGGAAUUCACUCACGAUGAACUUUAUAAAUUCUACAACCAGCUGGAGACGAUACAGAAACAGUUGGACAGUUUAAGUUGAUGACCCAUCAGUACAAGGAGAUUCCAAUAACUGCUGUGAUAGGGGGGGUUAAAGGUGGUCAAGUAUGUGUACCGAUCCAGGGGACAGCGUCAGACCAGUAUUGGACAGUGCAGUGUGUACUGACCAACAGAAAUAGGAUCAGGGCUGGACAUUGGGAUGACCAACAAAAUCAUCGACUGUAAGAGUUGUUCACUACACCAGAGACUUUCGGCGCCUCAUGAUCAUUUGUAUGGUUGUACAAUUGUAAAAGUUUAUAUGCCAAUUUACACAACUAUGUCCUGAGUAAAUCAAAGAAAUCCUGUAAAUAUUGGUAAAUAAGCUGAAGGGAAUCUCUCCUGAAAAAGUUUUUUACACCAUCAAAUCUGUUCUGGUUUUCUUGAUCAAAUAACUGUGGCCCACUCGUUCUGUCCACCUAAAUGGAAAGACCUGCUGUGAUGGUGGCCCCUACUGUUCCAGGAGAUUUCUUUAUCUACAGAAGAACUGACCUUACAGUAGUGACCCACCACUGGAUUUUUCAUUUUACCUACAUCAUCAUGAUCAUGACUCUAUCGACCUGAUAAAACAUUCAUGCUAUCAUAAACAAUCAGGACUUACCCACAUACCCCCGAUGUCUGAUGUCAUACAGAUUCUUCGUGUACAGAUGACCAACAUGUUAAUGUGCUUGAAUUCGUGAAAUAUUGAUGACGACAUAAUAAAUAAUGAAAUCUGGUGACAGACUGAGUGAUAGUAGUCAUAAGGUAUGGAGUUGGGACCAUUAAAUAUUGUGUUCUGAAGAUUAUCAGUCCCUUUUUUAUGUGACUAUAAUGUUUUUGUCUGUGAAUUAAUAAAUGUAUAACUUUAUAUGACAAUUAUACAGUUGUCAUGCAAGUGCCAAUCACAAUGUCUGAGUAGAGGAUAGUUAUUAUUAUAAAUAUUUGCUGUUUUUCUGACUUCUUGUUGCAGUCAGAGACAUUCUAAAGGGCUAUGAAAUUUUUCCAAUGACUAUUUAAACAUUUCAUUUAGUGUGUGAGGAAAUGUAUUCCAUAACUCAAAUCUGAUUUUGAGAAUUAUUAACAUCCCAAAGUGAAGAUGUUUCAUGAUAUUGGUGUCAAGUCUGAGUAUUUCAUGGACCAGAUAUAUACAGAUGUCUUUUUAUAAAAAAAAA